AAAGCAUAUCACCGAAAAUUGAGUGACAUCAAAUAAAACUUGUUAGCUCAGUGAAUUUGCUAACCACACAUAUGAAAGUAAAAUAUUGACUCACAAUACCUAUUAGCGACGUAUACCAAAGCGAAACGAAAACAUUUUUUAUGUCACACAUCAAUAAUUCUCGAUAAAGCACCUUAAAUGUGCGGAUCACGGAAAAUUCUUGAAUAAAAACAUGUACAGUGGAAAGAAAAGUGGUGUAGCACAUGCAUGCAAGUGAAGAACUCAAUGAAAAAAAUAAUGCACACGCCGUCCGCGGUGGCCAGUGCAGCGUGACGCCAGAUAAAAAUGAUCAAGCAGGCAUAGAGGGACUCAUUAACCAAGUAGCCAUCGAUGUAGAUGGUUCGGAAAGGCGUGACCCACAAAUGGAUUGGUGAAAACCUGUGACACAGUGUUUGUGAAAAAGAAAUAGGUUAAAAUGAAUCCCCUUGCCCUUUUGGUCGCUUUUAUGUUGAUGGGGAAUGUUAGGGCGAUAGUUGAACUGAACUGUAGUGAUAAUGCUACGUGUAUAGAUCACAUGGCGAAGGAGAUUCUGAGGAGUUUGAAGGAACAGAAAUCUGUGAGGGUGUUCAAUGUGUUAACGAUAGAACCAUUGAGGACGAGGCAGGCGCGGUCAAAAGACUGGUGGUUGACGAACUUUUUGGACAGUCACGCGUUUAGUUUUGACUGGAACGACUACACCUUCAGACUCUCACAGGUGGACGGGCGCAAUGAUGCUUUGGAUUUGGAGAUCUACGAUGGAAGAACUGCUAAAGAGGGGUUCUUCCUCAUGAGCAGCGUGCGCGUACGCGGCAACGUCGCGCAGCCUACAACUUUUCUCAAUAUAGACCAUCGGACGACUCUCGGUCUGAGAUCUCUUGAUCCCCGACACCAGGAGUGUCGAAUACUGCGGCGACUGGCGUGUGAGGAGGAGGAUAACUCCCUCACGCACUCCGCCUCCUUCUUUGCGAGUUUAACUGCUUCGCAGAAAGAGGAGACGGCUUCCCUACGACUAAGGCCGGGCGCAAGUGAUCGCCAUCGCCGAUUAGCUCGUGCUAAUCGAGAUGUUUCGGAUCCGAAUGCGAAAAAAUCGAGCAGCAAGAAUGAAGAGGAGAAACCUGAUGAUAAGAAGGCGGUCCACAAGUUGGGUCUACGCAGGCGUCAGAAGAAGAAAGUGAUGCAAGUGAUAAUCCCCCUCCUAUUCGGCAUGAAGUCAGCAGGGAUGGCAAUGUUUGCCAUGGCAAUAGUAACUGUGUUGACCUUGAAGGCAUUCUUAGCGAGCAAAGUGGCACUACUAGUAACAGUUGGAAUGGCAGUCAAAAAGUUGUAUGAAACUUAUGGAAGUGGCGUCGGUUUACAAAACCACCCGUAUCUUUACUCGCAAUACCCGAUCGAUUUUCCGAGCGCCUCCUCGCACGCAUACUCCGUUAGCGGAGUGAGCCCACAAUUCGCGUCACCGGAGAUGUAUAGCCCCACCGCGAUGGGUGCCCAUGGGCAGACCAAUGAAAUAAUACACCAGAGCGACGCGAGCGCUCAGCAGUCGCAACAGGCGCCCACAUUGCUCGUUAACUCAACGAGAGCGGAACAGAGAUGGGACGGUAAGUCGAAACUGCUCAAAUUUCUCGAACCGAUCAUCGACGGCAUCAAGUACGUUAUAGACCCGAUCGCGAACGUAUUCUUCGGCGCCAUGCCCGCCACAUUCCGAGGUCUCACCUCUGACGCUUCCAAAGCCAAAAGCGUUGAACCUGUCGACGAUGAUCUGGAUGAGUUGGAGAUUGUGAAAAAGCCUAGACAGAUAUUGGUCCCCCAACCUAGGAAUAUAGCUCAGAGAAAAAUGACUUACAGAAAGAACAGGAAUAGGCCAAAGAAAUACGCAGAUCUAAAAUCAUUGAAAUCUGAAGAGCCAGGAUUUUACACAGCAGCUUAUAGAGUAGUCAUGAUAACUUUAGAUUUGUUUGAUGGUAUUUUUGGUGUAAAUGAGGCUUUAGAAAGUCAUCUUCUUGGAGACGAACGCAUUGAAAAGAGAAGAAGGAAAAAGAAUAGAAGAAAAUCUAUAAAUAGAUCACAAGCUCAGACAAAGGCUUCCGGAGACGUCCAAUGUUUUAUGGACAGUCGCGCGCUACUUCAGAAUCCUUUUCGGCCUACAGCCACCGCCAUUGAAUCCAGCCCAGACUAUGACAAUGCCCAUGUUCGUAAUGCCACAGAUGUAUGGUCCCCCCAUCACAAUGCCGCCGUCUCAGUAAACAAAAUUGGACACACACAUGGAUCAAGUGGCGAUAUUUAAAGCCAAGCAUAACGCACAGCUAAAUGCCAUUCUGUCACGUGGCUUGAUCCGAG